GGAACAGGAGAAAAAGAAUCCGAACCUGAAAAGAAAAGGUCGCGCUGCAAUCGGAAUAUUAAGCAGGCGAAACCCGGCGAGAGAUCGGCCUCCACAUCUGGCGUUCUAGCGGAGCCCAUGCCCGACAUUGUUGACCAAAGCGUUCCGGUUGUUGCAGAUGAGCAAGUAAACAGUUCAGCGGGGCCAUCAUCGAAAGUACCGCUACCACGAUAUCAUCCAGCAGAUUCUCCACCAAACGGACAUGAUUUUGGUGGUCCUUCAAAAAUGGUAAGCGUACCAGCUGAUGGCGGAUUCCGACAGAAUACACCGCAAUGCCCGAAACCAACUUCUGACAGUGAUGAUUCUUCCUGCACAAGUACGGAAGAGUUGUUCGCCGGCUUUCAAGAAAAGGAAUCGCGUCUGGCCUUGGAAGCCAUAAUAAAGGAACAGCAGGAUUCGAUCGAUAAGAUGGCAGCGGACUCCGAGGCGCUACAGAAGGAAAAUGCGAAACUGCGGGCCCUUAAUAUGAUGCUUCAGGAGUCCCUGGUUCAGAAACACGACAAUGUUUCAUUCACGGAUGUCAAAGGAUAUCCUAACAGAGAAUGGCUUCUGAGUGUGUCGCAGAAUUCCGAGGACAGCGACUAUUUGUUCACAAAGGAGUUGCUGUUCCGAUUGUUCCCACAAGGAGUGGGCAACGCGACACCUUCCGGAAGGCCAUCAAACAACCCAAAAGGCCGAAACAAACUCGAAGGAAGCAGGAAGUUGGUUGUGCAACCGACUAAGCUUGACCCGGAAAAGGUGGCGUACAUGAAAGAUCGCCUUUUCGAAAGACGCCGAAUCCUCCAGGAUCCCGUAGGGAUUGCUCUGGAGAAGUCAAAAAUGAUCAAUAAGCAUAUUGCGAAUGUUAUCGCAAAUAAUCCGACAUUGCGCAAGAUUUCUAAGUAGCUGAAGUCAGGUGGAGUGUUAUGGCAGGAUUCCAACGUCAAUGUAGCACUUCACUGAAUGAGAUUUUUUUUUACUUUUUAACAUUUCGUUAAUUUUAUCGAUUUUCUGCAAGUGAAUUGAAUUGUUUUUAAGGUAAGGUUUUUAUAAAAUAAAAACGAUGUUUUAUAAUCUUGCUUUUUGUAUUUUUAUUUUAUCGAAAUAAAAUAUCUCAUUUUACCAUUCUCCAGACAUUUUGAGAUAAUAUCAAAAUUUACUAUUAUUUUGACAUUAAAGACGAAUAACUAAACCUACCAUUAUUUUGAUCUGCGUAUUAAGAACUGAUUUUCUAAUUUCUGUGUUAUCAAUAUCUCAACAACAACAAAUUUAGUUAUUCUCGUUUUGAGGCGUUUUUUGUUAUUAUUUUGUUAUUACAAUGGCAAAAUAAGUUAUUCUUUAGUUUUUAUGUCAUAGAAAUUGAGUUAUUAUUUUUGUUAUUUUAACUCUUAUUUCAAACAAACUAAUAACAAAUUUUGCCAUUCAAACAUUCUAUUUUAAUGGUAAAAUUUGCCGUUCAUUUACCAUUUCGCUCUACCCGGGAUGCUAGAUUCGCUAUUCAGCGUACUUCCAUAACUGACUCCCACGAUCAUCGGAGGAGAUUGUAACGCCUCUAAGGCCGAAUGGGGUAGCAGUUUGACUAACAUUAGAGGUUGGAUUCUGCUCGAUAUGACCUGGCUGAACGUUGAUGUUGUGAACGCAGGCAGUAAAAAUACCUUCUGUAGAAAUGGUGCAGAGUUCAUCAUAGAUGUGAUAUUUUGAAGUCCGGGCCCAUGCUAUAACUCAAACUGGAUGUUCUAUGGAUACACACACAGUGAUCAUCUAGCCAGCGUUGAAUAAGAAGCAAGCCGACUACAGCCGAUGGUCAUUGAUAGCCAUCGUGGGUGGCUGACCUCGCGCCGCGACAAGCCGGUAUUUUUUGAAGGUAAAUACCGACUACCUGUCUAACAACAAUCUAGUCGGAACCCUAAAGCGCGUCUUAGUGACGAAAAUAGGUACUGGUAGUGCACAGAAAUCGGA